CAUGGCAGUAAGUACAGCACCACCGCCACCGCCAGCCGCGGCGCGCACACUGGGCCUUUCUGGCAUAGCCGCCACUGCUACAUCUAUAUAACUGUCGACUGCGUUUGCGUCUCACUCGUCCGAAGAACCAUCGCGAUGGACGAAUUCCAGGAGGAAGAGAUUGAGAGCGUACUCUACAUCGGAAGAGAGGUGUCAGUAUUUAAGAUCCCUCCUCUGAAGAAGAACGAGGGACACCGCGCGCAGGAGUGGGGUGAUCUGGGUCAACCUCUGUGGAAGGGUAGGCUACGGAUCAUCGAGCGGUCAAGCGGUGUCUCCAUCCAGUUCGAGGAUGUUAAUACCGGGGAACUAUUCGCGAAAGCCGACUAUGAUCCCGCCAAACCAUGUGUGGAGGCUGUCCUCGACUCCUCCCGUUACUUCGUCGUUCGAGUGGAGGACAACGGUCGCCGGGCGUACAUCGGCAUGGGUUUCCUCGAACGCACAGAUAGCUUCGACUUCAAUGUCACUCUACAAGACUACACAAAGAGAUGGCGCGCUCGCAUGAACCCACCAGAUCCCGCCGCCGAGACGUCAGCAGCUCCAGCAGGCCCCAAGAAGGACUACUCGCUGAAGGAGGGUCAGACCUUCUCGAUCGCAAUACCAGGGCGCGCAAAGAACACCACCACUGCCACCACCGCCUCGAAUUUGCUCGGGGGCAGCACGUCAGCCUCCUCGUCUGGUGGUGGGUUUGGCGUGCCUCUGCUACCACCACCUCCCAGUGCGCCCCGGAGAUGACAAGACGUCGACCGGUAUGGGUGUUGGAUGGAUCCUCCUGAUUUCGAAAUGUAUCAUAGUGCAACCUUGUGGAAUGAUAAUUCCCAAGUACUGCAACUCCGACUCGGUCUCGACAGUCCCAUUUUCCAUGCGCGUCCCCUUAUGUGCGAAAGGGAUGUCGGUCAUGAGAGCGAUGCGAUGUUGAGUACUAUACAAUGACGGUACAUGGCCUCCGUCGUACAUAAGUACUACUUAGUAGAUGCCCGACAAGAUCAAAUUCUCGUCGAUCACAGUUAGGCUUUAGUGCAACGUUAACGCGUUCUGAUACACUGUUAGGGGGCGCCACAGUACAU